UCAACCUACGUUUCUGGUUCAAUUUGUUAUCGCUUCACGUCUCUUUUUUUCUGAUGCUGGGAGAAUUUCAUUAGCCAUCGUCAACUAUCAAACUUAAUAAAGUUUAGUUAAGAGUAAAGUAAAGUUUGCAUAUUCAGCCGAGCCAUGGAAUGCAUGCGGUCACUUUGGAACUAUGCGUCUAGGUGCUUCUCUUGUCAGGAAGACUCAUCCGGGCAGGGCAAUGAAGCAAACGAGCGAACGCAUCUUUUGGCUGAUCCUGUAAGCAAUAGUCCGGCUGUGCGUCGUACGGAUAGCGAAACAAUUACUGGCCAGGAGUAUACAAAUUCCGUGCCCAAGAAAGAUGAACAGUCUGCUCUGGCUAAAAUACUACAAGAAACAUCGGAAAACAUAAUUGACGUUGCCGCUAUGGAUACACAAAAGCUAGAAGCUAGUGAAUAUAAUGAUCGAAUCAAAAUAUACACACAAAGGCUGCAACAACAGUGGAGCAAUGUUAACCAUCCGAAUCAGGUGGAUAACGCAAGCUUGCUGAAGGAUAUACCAAACCCUGAACCAGUUCUAGCCUCUGCACCAAUUGCGCCCGAUGAUUUGAGUAUGAUCAAAACGAUGGUCCAUAAAUCGCGUUGUGCCGUCUCAGAGAUAAAAGUUACCCACACUGAAAACCUUGUUGUGCCUUUUAGGAUUCCAUAAUAUUACGCAGUCAGAAGAAACCUGUAAAAUAUUGCACACUAUAUUGAUUUUCUCUUACCAGCUCAUCGGUUGAUCGGCAUUGGACCGGUCAAUGUGUAUAUACAUAUUUCUAUACGUAUAUAUAUGAUGAAUUUAUGAAAUCCAUCGCAUUGAAUAAUCAGCUUUUUUGUUGUACUAAAUA